AGUGAGCUCCAGUUGCCAUCCUCUCUACAAAUUGCAGAUCUUAAGAGGCGGUGGCUUAUCAAGAGAUUUAGCUUCUGGUGAAAAUGGGGCUCUCCUUCAGAUCUCCCUCAUUUUUGCUGUUUUUCUUGCUCUCUUGCUUCACCUUCACUUCCAUAGAAGCAUACGAUGCGCUUGAUCCUAAUGGCAAUAUCACAAUUAAGUGGGAUGUUAUCACGUGGACACCCGAUGGCUAUGUGGCGGUUGUGACAAUGUUCAACUUCCAACAAUAUCGUCACAUUGCAGCACCGGGGUGGACUUUGGGAUGGACUUGGGCGAAGAAAGAAGUCAUUUGGAGCAUGAUGGGAGGUCAAACCACCGAGCAAGGAGAUUGCUCAAGAUAUAAAGGGAAUGUUCCACAUUGUUGUAAGAAAGACCCCACGGUUGUUGAUUUAUUACCUGGUACUCCUUACAAUCAACAGAUCGCAAAUUGUUGUAAGGGAGGGGUAAUUAAUUCGUGGGGACAAGAUCCGAGUAAUGCUGCAAGCUCAUUCCAGAUAAGUGUUGGCGCAGCGGGAACUACCAAUAAAACAGUUAGGGUGCCUAAGAACUUCACACUCAAAGCACCAGGGCCUGGUUAUACUUGUGGACCUGCAAAAGUUGUGAAACCGACUAAAUUUGUGACCUCUGAUGGAAGAAGAACAACGCAAGCAAUGAUGACAUGGAACGUGACAUGCACGUAUUCACAGUUUCUGGCUCAAAAAACUCCAUCAUGCUGUGUUUCACUCUCGUCUUUUUACAAUGAUACAAUUGUCCCUUGUCCUACAUGUACCUGUGGUUGCCAAAACAACCUCACUCAGCCAGGAAGUUGUGUCGACCCGGAUUCACCAUACAUUGCCUCAGUUGUAUCUGCUCGCGAAAAAAGUAAUAACUUGUCGCCUCUUGUCCAAUGUACAAGUCAUAUGUGCCCGAUCCGUGUCCAUUGGCACGUGAAGUUGAACUACAAGGAUUAUUGGCGGGUCAAGGUCACAAUAACGAACUUUAAUUACAGAAUGAAUUAUAGCCAGUGGAACUUAGUUGUCCAACACCCCAACCUCGACAAUCUUACACAGAUAUUCAGCUUCAACUACAAGCCACUAAACCCGUACCAAAACAUAAAUGACACUGCAAUGCUAUACGGUGUGAAAUUCUAUAAUGACUUUCUUGAGCAAGCCGGCCACAAUGGGAACGUGCAGUCGGAGCUUCUAUUCCGGAAGGACAAAUCUACUUUCACUUUUGAAAAGGGAUGGGGUUUCCCUAGAAGAAUUUACUUCAAUGGUGAUAACUGUGUUAUGCCGCCUCCGGAUGCAUAUCCAUUUCUACCAAAUUCCAGUUUACGACAAAACGUCUCCCUGCUGAUGCUGCUCAUCACUAUGUUCAUAUCUGUUGCAUUCCACUUCUCAUGUGUUUGAGAAUCUUCAAGGUUUCUGUCAGUGUGGCUGCCAUUGCAGAACUUGGUUGUGAAAGUCCAAGAAAAUUGACCAACUCAAGUUCUUCGUCCCCGUGUCGUUUUGGCAUAUGUCACAUGAUUCAGGUGCACAAAAUCCGCGACGAGCGUAAGAUUUCUAACUGUAAUUGUUGGUGGAUCCAAUCUACUUAUUUUCUGUGGUGUUGUUCAUGUUCAUAAAUUUUUGAUAUAAAUGUAAUGAGACAAGGACGAUUUGAUACGUUGUACUUCAAUUAAAUUAUCUAUAUUCAGCUACUUCAUUCA